UAAGGUAUAAGGGGUCGCACGGGGCUUAUCGCAACAAUGAACUGGAAUCCGUGAUUGAUAGCCUGUGACAAGGUAUUCAGCAAGGUUUGGUUUUCAGCACAAAACAGUGAUAAGUUUGUCAUAGUGAACUGUAACCGUAGUGAGAAGUAGACCACAUAAGGAAAAAUCCGAAAUGAGAACUCAAUUGGUUCUACUGGCAGUUAUAUCGCUGCUGCAUAUUGUAUGCACGCAGUCGGCGGCCAAUGACAUCCACUGUAUUUUUCGACUUAUUGGCGAGAAUUACUUAUGUUCACUGGAUGAUGUGACCAUCAUUACUGAAACGGAACCGUUGCGAUUUUUCAAUGUUCACUUACCCGAUCAAAAUGAUAGUACCGUUACUGGUCUGAGUACCCAGGAUUUGUGGCCUCGUAACAUCAACAUUCGAGUCGUUCAUCCGCAACUGACCCAACAGUUCCCGAACAUUCGUUUUCUUCAUCUCUCUGAAUCUGCAAUCGAAACGCUGCUAACUGAUUCUUUUCAACAAUGUGACCAGUUGACAGUGCUGUCCUUGUCCAACAAUCGAAUAACAUCGAUUCCGCCGAGAGUAUUUCAAAACUGUACGAACUUGAUAACAUUAGAUCUGUCCGCGAAUCAAUUGGCACGGGUAGAUGGCGAAUCCUUUUAUGGUCUACAGAAUCUUGCGUGGCUACGAAUGGGAAGGUCUACGAUUCUGAACAACACGUUCGAACAUCUGACCAUGCUCCAAGGUCUCACUCUCACUAACACCGAAUCAAUAGAAUCGAAUGCCAUGCGCCACUUGACCCGACUCGAGGGUAUCGAAUUUUCACAUAAUUCAUUAAGCUUGAGUGUGAUACAGGAUGCCAUUAACGGUAUGACUGGCUUGGAUACAAUAAUGUUGAAUCAGAACGGCUACACAAGCUUCGAUUUCCAAUUUUUCGAACAAUUCGAAUUUUUGCUCGAUUUUGAUCUGAAUGGAAAUGAACUGACGACGAUACCAGGAAAUUCUUUCCAAAAUUAUCCAAAUUUGCUAGCGCUGAGGCUUCAUUCUAAUCAAAUUUCCACGCUAACUGAAGAGUCAUUUAUCGGAUUGCUUAAAUUGACCACACUUACAUUGAAUGGGAACCGGCUAACUCGUCUACCAGCUAACUGCUUCAAUGAUCUGAGCAACUUGCGGUCGUUGGAUCUUUCUAACAACAUAAUGCCACAAAUCGAUCUAGGCGCUUUUAACGGACUAAGCAGCCUAGAGACGCUGUUUCUGAACAACAUGGAACUAGCCACGCUGAUUCCGGGAAUGUUUGACAACUUAAUAAGUUUACAACGGCUUGAAAUCGUUGCAGGACGAAUCACCAACAUCCCGCCAAACACUUUCACAGCUACGCAAAAUCUUCGUUACCUUCAUCUGAGUGAUAACAUGAUCUCACGACUGAAUUCCAAUUCUUUUGGCCGACUGCCGCUACUGGACACAUUUUUAAUUAGCCACAGUGUGUGGGGUCAAGGUGUCCGAGAAAUUGAACGAAACUUUUUCCAGAAUUUUCCGAACAUCACUCGCUUUGGAGGUUUUGAAAAUGUUUGCUUCGAUGGAACCAUCGAUAUGACCCAGAUCGAUUUUAGCACUGAGACGGUGUUCGAUGAGUGUUUUUCGAAUUGGGAGGGAUCCGGGACGACUACAACUGAGGCGACCACAACGCCGAGUAGUAGAAGUGUUGCUGCAGCAGGAGAUCUACGGCUACUCGUAAUACUAAUUGUGAUAAAAGCGGCUGGAAAAUUUAUUUAUUAAAACAAUCGGGUUCGAUGAACCAUUAAGUCACACUGUAUAAGUUACUGUAAAAUAUCUAAAUACCGAAAACUGAAGUGUCUAAUUAGCGAAUUUUAAGAAAAAUGAAAUUUCAUUGAUUUAACUUCAUUCCAAAUGGCUUACCAAGAUUUUUCUUUAGUAUCGAAACACUUCAUUGAUAUGGUCACACUAAUCCAAAAUCGUUUUUCUUAUAAUUCGCUAAUUGGCCACAUCAAUUGAAAUGACUAACAGACCAACAACAGAAUCAAAAAAUUGCAUCAACAAUAUUUGUUCGAAGUUGCAGGAAUUAACCGGAGACAAGAAAUCAAAAUUUUAUCUAACGCGAAGAAUCUCUCUGGCUAUUCAACGCUUCAAUGCUAGUUGCGUAAUGGGAACGAUUCCUGCAGCGACACCUUUAGAAGAAAUUUUUUAUUUAUUAUGUAUUCUAAAAAGAUCCAAGUUGGUACAGGUUGGGAGGAGUGUAGCCUGACCACCUUUUCUUGGUAUAUGUAAAUUUCUUAAAUAAAACUAAUUAAAUCUAAAA